UGUUUCAUCUUUGGUGAUGGUCUAAAAGAUGAUAAAUGGCUUGUUGAGAAUUUUGGCCAUAGUUUAAGUCGUCUAGAACUGAAGGACUUGCUUCCAGAAACGUGGCUUCAUGGUUAUAUUUUGACUGCUGUAGCUUGUAAAUUAGCUGUUGAUGUUAGGGCUUGGGGGAAAAAUGGACCUUGGUACCUUCCAUCCAAUUUUGAGGAUUUGGUUGUGAAAAUGGGUUGGACUCCAAAAAAAGCCGUGGAAAAUUAUAAGAACCUAUAUCUUUGCGGCACCUUUGAAUGCACCAAGAUAUAUUUGCCAAUGAAUGAUGAGAACCGCCAUUGGUUUCUUAUUGUGGUUUUCAUGGACCAAAAGGUAGUGCAUGUAGUGGACUCUUUGCGUACUGAUUUG